CCUCUUCUCUCCCUGGGGCUGCAGGACCCGAACCAAACCCGCAUUGGCCAGUGGCUGGAUGUGAGGGCCAAACAAGGCAUUGCAGAACUCUCCUUCCAGUUAGAUGCUGAACCCUCCCUGGGGAGGUACACCAUCAACGUGCUGAACCCAAAAGCAUCCAGCUCAUUCAAAGUGGAGGAACCUGUGCUGCAGAAGUUUGAUGUUUUCUUCGAGGGCCCAGCUCAGAUCUCUGCUUCAGAGAAAACUUUCCCCCUGCGUGUGUGUGGCAGGUACAGCUAUGGCAGAGCUGUGCAAGGGGCCGUGAGGGUGACUUUGUGCCAGAGGGUGAGGAGGCAUCACCAAAAUGCCAGCAAGGACAUCUGCAGGGAAUACAGUGGCCUGACCAUGAGCAAGGGCUGCUUCACACCUUCUGUAAGCACCUCAGCCUUCAGCCUGGCCCCCAGCGAGGAGCACAGCAAGCUCUAUGCAGAAGCCUCUCUCCUGGAGACGGGCACAGGGGUGCAGAUCAACACCUCCAGUGAAAUCCUGCUCUCCAGGACAGCUGCAAGGGCAGUGUUUGAGACACCAAAUGCUUAUUACAUCCCCGGAGUACCCUACAGGGGGAAGAUUAGACUUGAGGAUCACUAUGGAAAUGGAAUAAGAAACAGGAAAGUUUAUCUUGUGAUAAGGUUCAUGAGGCGUCGCUUUAUCAAAACGUACAUCACGGAUGACAGUGGAGCAGCAUCCUUCAACCUGGACACCACUGCCUGGAACAGGUCCUCAGUCCUCCUGGAGGGCAGGUUCACGCUGGAGGAUCUCACACACCCCCCACGAAAACCCCACCUCAGUCACACCAACGCCUACUACCACCUGCAGCCCCUGCACCUCACAACCAAGAGCUUCCUGGACAUCCAGCCCCUCCCAGGAACGCUGCCCUGUGGGCUGAAGCAGGAUGUCCAGGUCACCUUCACGCUCAGCCGGGACGACCUGGGAGAAGACACCACCCGUGUGGGCUUUGCCUAUUACGUCACUGGGAAGGCUGGAAUCGUUGUCAGGGGCCAGAGGAGUGUCCACAUUGGGAAGCUGAACAUGUUGAAGGGUUCCUUCUCCAUCCCCUUGACGUUCUCUGCUGCCCUCAGCCCGUCCCCCUGGCUGCUGGUGUAUGCCAUCCUCCCCAGCGGGGGGGUGACAGCAGACAGCGCCCGCUUCCACCUCGCCUUCUGCUUUGACAACCAGGUCAAGGUAGGAUUCCCAGCCAAAGAAGCCCCCCCAGGGUCACCCGUGCAGCUCCGGCUGCAGGCAGCCCCCGGCUCCCUGUGCGCAGUGCAGGCGCUGGAUGAGAAAAUGUUCCUCAGGAGCCCAGGGAGUGAGCUGACAGGCCAAAGGGUCUACGAUUUGUUCCCUGCUGCCCACCGGCACGGAUACCCUGCCCAAGUAGAAGAGUCUUUGGAUCACUGUGUCCAGCCUCAGUCCACGGCCCCUCUGCUGCGAGGGAAGCCACAGCCUUCCUCCCACCCUGACAUCUUCAAACUCUUCCGGAACAUGGGGCUGAAAAUCUUCUCCAACCUUGUAAUCAAGAAGCCAUCUCAGUGCUUUCAUCGGGCAGAUGGGAAGCUGGCCAUGGGGGGACCUUUUACAGAAGACAAAAGAAUCACUAGGGAACAAUCCCGACUUGCAGCCCAUGGAAGACUCCACCACUAUUUCCCUGAAACCUGGAUCUGGAACCUGUUCUCUGUUGGCUCCAGUGGCAGCAGAAGUGUCCCGCUCACAGCUCCUGCUGCUGCUGCAGAAUGGAAAGUCAAGACGUUUUGCCUGGCUGGGAGGGGAUUUGGCCUCGCCCCAGCCACCAGCCUGAGGACUGCCCAGCCCUUGCACGUGGACCUGACGCUGCCGCCCUCCGUCAUCCAAGGUGAAGCUGCUGUCUUCAGCUCCCUGCAGCAGUGCGUGCAGAUCCACGUGGCCCUGGCCACAUCCCCGGGUUUCCAAGUGGAGCCGUGCAAGACCUGCAGGGACAAGGAGUGUCUGUGUGCAGAGGAGACCAAGGUCUUCUCCUGGAAUGUGACAGCAGUGCAGCUGGGGACCCUGAACCUGACGGUGAGGACAGAGGUGCUGGACCCCACGGCCUGGUGUGGGGGCAGGAAGCCCUUGCCAGCUGCCCUGGGUCGGACCUACACGCUGCUCAGACGCCUGCUGGUCCAGCCAGAAGGUGUGUUAGUGGAAAAGUCUCACAGCUCCUUUCUGUGCCCAAGAGGAGGGCACACGGCUGAAGGUUCAGUGUCCCUGCACCUCCCUGACAACGUCAUCAAGGGAUCCACCAGGGCUUUCCUCUCCAUAUCAGGUGACCUGCUGGGGACAGCCCUGCAGAACCUGGACCGCCUGGUGCAGCUGCCCCACGGCUGUGGGGAGCAGAACAUGGUGCUGUUUGCCCCCAUCGUCUACGUGCUGCAGUACCUGGAGCAGACGAGGCAGCUGAGCCCCGAGAUCAAGGAGAGGGCGACAGGAUUCCUGAGGAAUGGGUACCAGAUGCAGCUUCUCUACAGGCACAGAGAUGGAUCCUACAGUUUCUUUGGGCAGCAGGAUAGGGAAGGGAAUACUUGGCUGACAGCUUUUGUAGCCAAGAGUUUCGGUCAAGCCAGAAAAUACAUCUAUGUAGAUGAUAAGAUCAUCCAGGAUGCCCUACGCUGGCUAGAGCAAAACCAGCUCCCCAGUGGCUGCUUUGCCUCCAGAGGGAACCUCUUUCACUCCUCCCUCAAGGGCAGCGUGGAUGAGGAGGUGUCCCUGGGAGCCUACGUCGCUGCAGCACUGCUGGAGCUGGGCCAGCCACUGAAGGGCAAGCUGGUGCAGAGCUGCCUCCGCUGCCUCCAGCAGGCAGUUCACAACGUCACCAGCACCUACACGGAGGCCCUGCUGGCCUAUGCCUUUGCCCUGGCUGGGGACUAUGAGACCACCCAGGAGCUGUUGUACAAACUGGAGGAGCAAGCCAUCAGAUCAGGAGGACAGAUCCACUGGAGCCCCAAGCCAAGCUCUCCAGCUUCCCCAGCCUCCCCAGCUGGUGCUCAGCCAGCAGACAUUGAGCUGACAGCCUACGUUCUCCUGGCGUACCUCUCGAAGCCACGGGGGCACACAGGAGACAUGACAACUGCUGCUGGUAUCGUGGCCUGGCUCACCCAGCAGCAGAACGCCCACGGGGGCUUUGCCUCCACCCAGGACACAGUGGUUGCCCUCCAGGCCUUGGCAAAGUAUGCAGCAAGGACGUUCAGUGCCUCGGGCCAGGCGCUGGUCAGGGUGAGGUCCCCACGGGGCUUCAGGAAGACCUUGAAGGUCGGCCACCAGAAGAGGCUGCAGGUGCAGCAGGUGGCACUGGCAGAGCUCCCAGGGCAGCUUCUGCUGCAGGUCCAGGGCAGCAGCUGCAUCAUUGCGCAGACAGUGCUGAGGUACCACCAGCCUCUCCCACGGGCUGCUGUCACCUUCACUCUGCGAGUCAACACGGAGCUGACCAACUGCAGCCAGGCCAACCAGCGUGUCCUCACCCUGCGCAUCCUUGCCAGCUACAUCGGGAGCAGAGUCGUAUCCAACAUGGUGAUGGUGGAGGUCUCCCUGCUGUCUGGAUUUGCCUUGGCUCCCAGAUCCAGGAUGUUGCUGGAGCGCAGAACGAUCGUCAAGAAACUAGAAGUGAAAGCUGAGGUGGUUCACAUUUACCUGGAGAAGCUCAACGAUGAAUCUCAGACUUUCAUUCUGCAACUGGAACAAGUCAUUCAGAUGAAGAACCUGAAACCUGCCAGCAUCAAGAUCUACGAUUACUACCAGCCAGAGGAGCAAGCCUUGGCCGAGUACAGCGCUGUCUGUAACUGA